AUGAAAUCAACAUCACCAACAGUCAGAUUCUCCACUCAUGGCGGGGAAUUCACGCAAAUUGGCUACACCGGCUUCUCGUGGCAGCAUGAUAUGCGAGUGCACAACGAGACGGAGCAAAGCCUGGUUCUAACACUAUUCAACAACGCCAACAAUGAGAUAGCAGCCGGGCCUGCCACUACGGGCCUUGGCCUAGCCAUCGACCUUGUGAAUCGCACGGUGACCAAACUCCGCUCACUAUUCAAUCCAAACAAUUUGAUCCAUUCCGUCAGCCAAGGUAAUUAUCAACUCUUGAGUGGGACGAACGGCCAUGUCCUCAUGGACUACGGAUCCAUUGCUAAAGUCAAGGAGUUUGACGGCGACGGCAAUGUGGUCUGCAGUGCGCAGUUCGGCGACCAUAAUGCGGUCGCCUCCUACCGUGGCUACCGUUGCCAGUGGCAUGCCGCUCCGUUUUGGAAGCCCUCCCUGGUUGUGCGACGCACUGACACCGGGGCAAACGUGUCUAUGGGCUGGAAUGGUGUCACGAAUUAUGACAACUGGGCUGUAUACUCUGUUAUCUCGGAGAAAUCUGUCGAGGGCCGAUGGAUCAGGACUGUUUCACGUACUGGCUUUGAGAUUACUGUCACUUUGACGGAUGUGUCUUCACAUUACAUUCAAGUUGUUGCUCGCCAAGGAGAGACUGUUUUGUCCAAAUCGGAAGUUGUUUCUUUCUAG